GGGGGAGUGUGCACACAGAGGCUGUCUCUUGCAGGCAAUGUUUUCAGAGGGAGGGGGGGGGGGGGGGGGGGAAGUGUGCACACAGAGGCUGUCACUUGCAGGCAAUGUUUUCAGAGAGGGGGGGGGAGUGUGCAGGCAGAGGCUGGCACUUGCAGGCAAUGUUUUCAGAGAGGGGGGUGAGUGUGCAGGCAGAGGCUGGCACUUGCAGGCAAUGUUUUCAGAGAGGGGGGGGGGGGGAGUGUGCACACAGAGGCUGUCACUUGCAGGCAAUGUUUCAGAGAGGGGGGGGGAGUGUGCACACAGAGGCUGUCACUUGCAGGCAAUGUUUCAGAGGGGGGGG